AUGUAUACAGUGUUGAGGAUCAGAAAGUUAAUAAAUCACAUGAAGCGAUCGUAUGCAGUAGAAGUUGGAAAAAGCGAUGAUGGCACAGUUCACGUUCAUGAGUUCGAUGCUAAUUUGGAACAGAAGUUUUAUCUCGCAGAUUACCCUCAAGCUAUUGACGCGGUAUACUUCAAUGGUGCUUCAAGAGAGGGCGAAGCUAUUAUCUGUGGGCUAGCGAGGAGGCCCAAGAAUAUUGUUGAUUCUUUUCUAUAUGUAAAGGUGAAAGACCAGGAACUCCUUCUUUCUCCUAAUUUACCCGACACAUGGCAACAACAAAGCCUCACCGAAGAGGGUGAAUAUAAAAUUAAGGGCCUUGAAAUAGUUAAUUUUAUACCGAUGCGGACAUGGAAAUUAAUGUAUAAGGGUGACAUGAAACCUAGAAAUAAUCUACAAAAAGUAGUGAAAGUAGAAAUGGAUUUGACUUGGAGUGCCAAUUUCGCACCAUUUAAUUAUGACACUCAGAUGUCGCCUAAGAGUAUGGCCAGUGACAUGGCCAGGGAGAAGUGGACGAAAGGAUACUUCAAGCUUCUUAAAAAAGCACAUCAAACUCACUACGAGCAAAUGGGUUACAUCAAAGGAACUGUUACCAUUGACGGGAAAGAUACAACCGUAAAUAUGCCGUGCGUUCGAGAUCACAGUUUUGGUAAAUUUCGAAACUGGAGAACAUUCCACCGUUAUGUGUAUCACUUCAUAUUCCUUGAGAAUGGUGAUAGUAUGGCUAUCGGUACAAUAUGUCAACCUUCUAUUUUGUCACAUCUUACCAUUGGUUACCUGUGCCGCCAAUCAGACCAGGCAGUUUUACCAGUACAAACUUGUGAUUUCCUAAUGUAUCAACAUGGUGAAAAUCAAAUUUUACCCAAAGAUUAUGGCUUUGUCUUUGAGGCGGGUAACAAGUCAUACGCUGUCCGUAUAUUAGUCAAUGAUGAGGAGACUUUCUAUAUUGGCAAGACGAGAGAAGCGAAGUUUUAUGAGCGGUGGUGUACAGUCGAGGUCAACAAUGUUAAGGGUUGGGCAUGCGUUGAAUGGCAGUAUAAUAAUGUACAGAGAGAUAAACGUUCCUUCUAG